GUAGGUUUUGAACCUCAGCGACCGCGCGUAGGGCUAAUGAAUUAGCUAAACGUUUUACGAUUUAUUGUCAGCUUGCCAACACAGGCUGUCCAUUUGUACAUCAGGAUUUUUUAAUUCUUGUUUUCCAUCAGUGCAGUUUCAUCAUCAAGAGGCAGGAUGGAUCUCCAAAAAAUAAUCCACGACGCGCUGUACGACUUCAUUUUGUCAUAUAUUCCUCACGCCGAUCUGAGUACUCUGGAUGAUGUCAUUCUGUCCUACAUCACUGGAGUGCUGGAAGAUUUGGGGUCUCAAGAAAGUGUCGAGGAAAACUUUGAUGUAGAGGUUUUUGUUGAAAUGUUGGAGGCCUACAUCCCUGGUUUCUCUGAUAUCGACAGUGUCAAAGUUUGCGAGAUGAUGUUUAAUCUGGCAUCAAAGUUGACUUCAGCCAGGGACACAGAAUCAGGAGAGAUGAAAAUCGAAGAAGGGAAAUUUCCUCUCUCAGAAAGCUGUGAUUUAUCCCUUGGAGGUUCGAGAGAGAAGACACACAACCUUACUUUACAAGCAGAGGGAGCCACAGCUCAGGUUAGUGAAUCUUCAUGGGAUAACCAGGAGCAACAUCUUCUUGAGAUGUUUCCCAAAUGCAGUGUGACUGAGGCCAGAAGUGCACUGUCCAUUGCUAAAGGAGACAUGGAGGAAGCUGUUCGUCUCAUUAUUGAGGGAGAUGUCCAGCUUAAGUGCCCUCCGUCUCUCACUGCAAACCAGGGGAAGACCGUCUCUGCUGAAGUGGAUCAAAAACUUAAAGCAAGCAUUUUAGAAAAAUACAUGCUGGUUGAUGAUGAGGAAGACAAGAAAGUACACAGACCAGUCACUCCAAAAGAUGCCCCUAAGAAAAUGGUGCGCUAUCACGGCAGCCAAGUGGUCACUACAAAGGGAGAGCGUUAUCAUCUAGUCAAGAAAGAAGAACCAGAAGACAUGAAGAAGACUUACGUCAGCCUCAAACCAGCGCGCAAAUACCGCUUUCAUUGAUGAAAGGCAUCUUGUGGAUGGACCGGUCAGAAUACUCCCUUCUUGUUUUUGACAUUUGUGUCUGGAUCUCUGUGACUGGAAACAAACGAUUUUAGUUUUUAUUUACACAUAUCUUGGUCCAAAUGUGUCCAUUCUCAUAUAUGGUGCUGGAGGGUUUAUUUGUUGUUGUGUGGGUUGAUAUUUUGUGUGAUCUUCUAGCAGGUCUCUUUUUUCGAGCCCUUUUAAGUUACUGUAUUUAUUUUUUUAAACUACUUUUUACUAAAACCUUAAGCUCUACCUUAAAAAAAACAUGAAGGUGUUUACAUUUGACUGUUUAAUUUAUGCCAAAUCCAGUUUCAUUCAUAAUUUCAAAUCAAACGAACUGGUUGCUUUGUUAUAAAAUCAGCCAAUUUAGCUCAUCUUCAGUGAGACGUCAGUGUUUGUACUUUGCACUCUGUGUUUAUUUUCAUAUGCAGAAAUAAGACUCCAUAUAUGUUCCUACAGAAGCUAAAGAAUAGCAGGGUCCGUGCGACAGGUGAUUUUUUUUUUUAAGUUGCAGUUCAAAUAACGAGGUCUGCCUGGUAAAAUUGACACUGGAGAAGACCUUUCACCUCCAUAUUUACUAGUUAGUUUCUCUGUAAUGUGUAGCUAGCUGGCUUUGCGUAGUUUGAGUAAUGAAUGUGCUUUUGUGUUCACUGUUGUAUUACCAUAUUCAGAUUACACCAGUAUUUUUCGAGAUGGUUUGUUUGUUUGUGCUUGAUGUACUCCAUUUUUACAUGUUGUCUUUGGUGUAGAACAACAGUAUCGGCUGUCAGCAUUACCUUCACCUCCGACAUGACCCUGAAACUGAAGUGCAGUGAUUAGAUUGAAAUAUAUUAACAUUAUUUUUUAAGGACUGAGGAUGUUUUUGAGAGUUACUAGUAAAGAAUUAAUGUUUUAUGAA